UGGGUUAAGAUAAUGCUACCAGGUUGUUUAAACUGACAUGGUGUAGAAUAUUGAUCCGCAGAGACCUUUGCCUUUCCAAAUAGAUUUUGUUCUGAGCCAGGAGUCUGGUCAGAACUUUGCCUUUUUUCCCCCCCUGUGCUGUUAAACGGCGCCGUUUACCUUGAUGAAAACAAUCUCAGACAAGAUGUGAAGACAAACACCUAUGUUUCCAAAUCAAGUGUAAUCGAGUGGAGCACACAAAUCAAAGCGAGUAGCGUUAUGGCUUUGGAAAACGGAUUAAAACAUUUGAGUGCUUCUGAUGUAGGCCUACAGAGGGAGGACGUUUCAACGAAGGACGACGAGAAGCAGGCACAGCCUCCCGGAACGGCCCCUCCGUGUCUGAAGAAGAAGGGGCCCUCCAAGCUGUUAAUCGCGGCUCUGCUCGUUGUCGCCGCCCUGCUGGUAACUGGGGCCGGACUUCUAGUGUGGUACUUCUUUGAUUACAGGGUGAGACUGCAGGAGCCCCGCGCGUCGCACCACUACACGGCCGCGAUCGCCAUCCUCAAUCGCAACUUCUCUUCGGAGCUGGCCCGCCACUCCUCCGCCAUCUUUAGAGCCGAAGCCGGCGGGGUCCAGGACAUGGUGGAGAAGCUGGUGAAAUCCUCUGAUCUUUCCUGGUACUACAAUUCAACCACUGUCUUCGCCUUUGGGGAAGGGAGUGUGGUGGCGCACUUCUGGCUGACUCUGUCCGUGCCGGUGAGCCAGAGUGAGAAGGUGACAGUCAGCCGGGUCAACAACAGUCUGUAUGAGGCCCUAAGAGCCAGCGGGACAGAGACUGUUGCCAGACAAGGGGACUACCUUCUCCGCCUCUCCUCACUGGAUAUAACUGAAAGUGAAUCCAAAGUUAUAGAUGUCUUCAAAGCUACUUUUGGCUGCUAUAGGUAUGACUCAGUGGGUACUGAAGACUUCCAAGCCCUCAGAAGCCCAGACUCCCAGCAUCCUUCCUGCCUGUGGCACAUCCACGUCCCCCCCGGCCACCAGGUGGAGCUGCGCCUGGAGUGGGCUCUCCCUGAGUGUCGGGACCGCCUGGCCGUGUACGACUCCAUCGCCCCCUCCGACUCCCAGCUCAUCACCUCUUUGUACGGCUGCAGCAGACAGGAACCUGUGGUGCUGGUGAUGUCAUCAGGCGGGGUGAUGUCAGUGGUCUGGAAGCAGGGCCUGUACAGUUACUACGACCCCUUCUUCCUUUUUGUCCGGGCCCGGCCCAAUCAGGUGUGUUCAGGCAAUAUCACCCUGGAAUCAGUGUUGGGGGUUCAGGGUAAUAUUCGCACCCCCUUCUACCCCAGCUACUACCCCCCUAAUACGUUCUGUACCUGGCACUUCAGAGUGCCCUCUGUGCAGUAUGGGUUGACGCUACACUUCGAGGGGUACGAGCUGAGCAGGGCGAACUACAAUCAGCCAUGCACACAGGGGCAGUGGGUGAUUCAGAACCGCAGGUUGUGUGGCACUCGGGUCCUGCGACCCUACGCCGAGAGGCUCUUCUUGCUGUCGCCCUCCACCACCGUCGCCAUGACAUCACAGGUCUCCCUCACUGGCCCGGGAGUUCAGGUCCUCUACAGCCUCUUCAACCAAUCGGAUCCUUGUCCUGGACAGUUCCUGUGCACUUUGAAUGGCCUCUGUGUCCCAGCCUGCGAUGGCAUCAAGGAUUGUCCCGAUGAACUGGAUGAGAGGAACUGUGUAUGCACUGCAAAAUACCAGUGCCCAGAGGACAGCCAGUGUCUGGAUCACUAUAAGGUCUGCGAUGAGCAUCUGGACUGUCUGAAUGGCAUGGAUGAGGAAAACUGCACUCAGGCUGUAGACUGCACUCGGACAACCUAUGUGUGCUCAGAUGGCACUUGCAUCAAGAAACCCAAUCCGCAGUGCGAUUUCAUCACCGACUGCCCAGACCUGUCGGAUGAGAAGAAUUGUGAGUGUGGCCUCCAGCAGUUCACGAGUCGGGUGGUGGGCGGGACCAACUCCACAGAAGGGGAGUGGCCAUGGCAGGCCAGCCUCCAGGUCAAAGGUCGCCAUCUCUGCGGGGGAGCACUGAUCUCCAGCCAGUGGGUGGUCUCUGCUGCACAUUGCUUCCAAGAUGAUAGUCUAGCUUUCCCCUCCCAGUGGACCGUCUACCUGGGGAAGCUGCGCCUGGACCAGAGCAGCAAGAGCGAGAUGUCUUUCCGGGUGCAGGAGAUCCAUACGCACCACUACUACGACGACGAGACCCACGACUACGACCUGGCUCUCCUCCGACUGGACAAACCCAUCUUCCUGACCACGGUGGCGCAGCCGGCCUGCCUGCCGGCCCCCACCCACCUCCUGGAGCCCGGCAUCCUGUGCUGGGUGACGGGCUGGGGGGCCAAGAAAGAAGGAGGUCCCGUCAGCAGCAUCCUUCAGAAAGUUGACGUGCGCUUGAUCAGCCAGGACAUCUGUAAUCGGUCGUACCGCUACCAGAUCUCUCCCAGGAUGCUAUGCGCCGGGUACCCAGAUGGGAAGAAGGACGCAUGCCAGGGGGACUCCGGAGGUCCGCUUGUGUGCAAGGAGCCCUCCGGGCGCUGGUUCCUGGCCGGGGUGGUCAGCUGGGGCGUUGGAUGCGGGCGGCCCAACUACUAUGGCGUUUACACCCGUAUAACCAAGAUGACUGACUGGAUCAAGGAGGUGACUUCCUGAGGAUGGGCUUCAAAACUAAACAUUAGAACGGAGAUCGGGUCACCUGGUCCAAGUUGUCUGCUGUACUUAGGAAUGCUUUCGUAACCCCCCCCCCCCCCCCCCCCACCACGAAACACUUUUGCAAGGAUUUUAAGUUCCGGCUGAAUUUUUGGGUUGGGAUUCAAGAGGUAUCUUGCAGAACCCCUUGAGGAAUGACCGUGCAGGACACCUUUCAACUCUUUCUCAAAAAGGUGAUGGAACCUCCUAGACCAGCGGGAGUUUUGGCUUCGACAUCCUGAAAGGUUUUUCCAAGUGGACACUGGGAUGUUGUUUUGCAGGAGUUGCGCGGUGUUAACGGAUCAUUUUGCCGCCUUGGGCAUCUCUUCUCUCUGUAGUUUGUGGACCCUUUCCAGCAAAAUAUUUGGAAUUUAGGUCUGUAGCCUGGGAUUUGGCCUGGACUGAUCCCUGGUUAAUAAACAUAGGGACCCACAUGUUGAGCAGUCAGGAGUUAAAGUUCUGAUGGCCAGUUAAGAACAGAAAAUGCGUAAGUAAUGGUCGCCACUGCAUGUGGUUUAGUAUCCCUAGAUAAGUCUGAGAAUUUCAAGUGCUAGGGUUCAUCUUGCAGGGCCUAUCCUCCAUGUCAUCAUGUAGAAUAAGACCUUAUAGACUGGAGAACACAGGGCAAGGCCAUGUAAUCUGGUCUUCCUUUAGUGGAGAACAGUAAAUUAUAUACUAUUUAUUGGAUUGGACAUUGCAGGACCUAUAGAUCAUCCUGAAGACAUCUUAGAUGGAUGCAAUCUACUCCUGAACAGGCUAGGGCUCAUUUGUGGGUUGGGUGUUGAGUGUGACCACUUGCUUGUGAUUGGCCUCAUGGACCCAGAUUAGUGGGAGACCAUGCUGGGUGUCUCUACUGCUCCUGGUAUUUUUGCUCCACUGUUUUAAAUUAGUGCUUUUAUAAAACAAAUCCAGCUUGAACGCACAUGUGCAGGGCUGGCAUCUACCCCCUAUCUUCACGCUGAGGCUACAAAUGGAGACUGGGAUCAAGAGCUAGUCUGUGAUUUAUGACCGGAAGAUAAGACCAAGUGUGAUGUGGAAUUUAAAAAUGCAGGGAAUUUCUGCCAUGUGCUGCAGAUCGCUGUUGGUGGAGAUCUGUUGGAUAUGUUUGGGGUUUAAUAUAACGAGAUGGCGUUGAGUAGCAAAAUUAAAAAAUUUCCAAUGAAGGACCCCUUUCAACUCUUGCCACUCUUUGGAGUCCAGGCCCCUGAUCCAUCUGUGAAAUGAUGGGCAAACUUUUAAUGCUCAUAAAAGUACUAAUUUUACUAAAGUAACUAGGUGGUUAAGUUCUAUUUUGUUCUGCAUCACCUUUUUGGAAUGGAUGCUGUUUUGAAUGGGGUCCUGUGGCCUUUAUAAUCAAUUCGGGUUUCCUUUAAUCCAGUUUCAAACUGAAUCCACUUUACUGAAUUGGUUUUUUUGUCUACUCCAUUUAGGAGGAAUGUCUCCUGUGAUGGACAAUUUCCUCACACGAUCUCAUUGUUGUAGAAAAUAUUUAAGACAUUGGGAUAUCCAAGACCUGACAGAUCUCUCUGCACUUGUUAAUCAUGUGACAACCUAAUAUUAUGAAAAUUAGUUUUUACAUAUCUGAUGUCUGUUUUUGUUUUAUACGUUUAUCAAGGAUGGGGAAUAAUGCGCAUUCAGGGAGUAAUGAUUCAGCUGCACAUUGACUCUAGGUCAAUGUGGGGAGAGAAAAACAUUUAUACAUGGUGAAACUCAAAAGAAACAUUCUUCAUUAAUGCAAAGGGAGACCAUUUUAGAGUGUGCAGCCUGCAUGUGGCUAAGAUGACAUUUUUCUGUCUCGGUGGCACACCAUUUACACUUACAGCUCAUCCUGCGGUCUUAUGGUGAUGAGCUGUAGCCUGAAACCUCCAGGUGGACAUUGGCCAAUGUAAUUAUUGAAAAUCUUCCCUUUCUCUUCUUUGAAGCCCUUGUUGGAGUUCUUGUACUGUAUGUGCAAAAUAAAAUGGGCAACCAGUUAAGCUCUUAAGAUAAGCAAAGCCA